AAACCGGACAGCCCCGGUGAGGACGCUCCCGCAGAGGAUAUGGCCAGAUACUACUCGGCGCUGAGGCACUACAUCAACCUCAUCACCAGGCAGAGAUAUGGAAAGAGAUCAAGCCCAGAGACACUGAUCUCAGACCUCUUGUUGAGGGAAAGCACAGAAAAUAUUCCUAGAUCCAGGUUUGAAGACCCUUCGAUGUGGUGA